AAAGCCCAUUACCAAUCAAUUUCUAUAUAAAGAAACCUCCCCUACUUUUCUCACUUAACUGGAUAAUUCUUCAAUCUUUAAAUUUCUAUUUGAAUAUAUUCUCCGGAAGUUUUGCAUAAAAUGAUUCGCUUUAUCUUAAUACAAAACCGUGCUGGAAAAACACGACUUGCAAAAUGGUAUAUGAACUUCGAUGAUGAUGAAAAGCAGAAAUUAAUUGAGGAAGUCCAUGCUGUGGUCACUGUUCGGGAUGCUAAACACACAAAUUUUGUUGAGUUCAGAAACUUCAAAAUCGUGUACAGGCGCUACGCUGGACUCUACUUUUGCAUCUGUGUAGAUGUGAAUGAUAAUAAUUUAUGCUACUUAGAAGCUAUACAUAAUUUUGUGGAAGUGCUUAAUGAGUACUUCCACAAUGUAUGUGAACUGGAUCUCGUAUUUAAUUUCUAUAAAGUAUACACUGUUGUUGAUGAAAUGUUUCUUGCCGGCGAGAUCAGAGAGACAUCCCAGACAAAAGUUCUUAAGCAACUUUUAACACUCAACUCUUUAGAAUAAUUGCUAUAAAUCUAGAAUUGUUUAUUCCUUAUCAAAAAUAUAUCCAUAUAUACUGCGAGGAAAAUAAGAAAAGAAUAUAUUAUGCUAAUAUGACAAA